AUGGAAAUAAAGGAAAAGGAAGAAGAGAUCGAUGAAUUGCAAGUCGAAAUUCAAAAUUUUCAAAAAUUUAUUAAAGAAGCCGGAGAAAAAGUUUAUGGUGAAUUGAACAAAUCUGAACAAAUAAAGAACCUCGAAAAAGGAUUACAUUAUUUCAUUUGA